AUGGAUCCCACAUCUGACUCUGAAGACGACCUUGACUACGUCCCACUAGAGGACACAGGUGAUGUUGUUCUUCAACCGAUGCGGAAACCAGCCACAAAGCCACCCGACUCUUCACGUAUAGUGAAGAUUGAGAAACGGUAUCGUUUCGCAGGUGAAGAUGUCAUAGAGGUGAAAGAAGUGCCUGAGGACUCCGAAGAGGCGAAGAAGUGGCCAAAGUGGCAGCCUGCGCUGCCGGAGGCAAUACAAUCCUCGUCCUAUACUCCAGUUGAGUCCGCAGGGCCAUCCGAACUGCCUGCGCCGUCAACUGCCCAGGCUACCACGUCCGCGCAGGAGCUGAAACCAGCUGCCAAGCGUCCGGGGCCUCGGAAGCCUAAGACGAAGCUUGCUCCUCUUCCCGGCACUCAGAAGGCCAAGAAGCUCACGACGCUCGACAAGUCUUCCAUGGACUGGCGAUCCCACGUGCAGACCGGGGCGUCUGAUCUCAAGGACGAACUAGAGGCGAAUCGCCGCGGCGGUGGCUACCUCGAGAGGGUGGAAUUCUUGCAAAGAGUAGAGGAUAGGAAGGUAGAUGCACUCGACGCCAUGGUAGAGCGCGCCACUCGUAAUGGUGAGGUGUCGCGCCGUAGCACGACAUACACCAUUUCAGAAUCUUUUGUUGAUGACAUCGAAAAUGCGGAGGGAUGGAACCUGAUUGUAACAAUGCUCUGCGAGCACUUCAAAUUGCCAGACAUCACUCGCCGGAGUGGACUCAAGAAAGUACAUGCCCACUUCAAUGAGAUCUACAAGAAGCUCAACGACGUCUACACUAAAAACCUCGGCAAUGAUAAAAUUCUGGGAGGCAUUGUCGGCAUUUGGGCAAAGAUGUCCGCAGACUCCAUUCUACGUGACAGGCUGUUCAAGGAAGGGCUUGUCUCGAAGAUGGUACCUCUUCUCGACAUGCCGUCCACGCGCCACAUUGGCUUGCAGGCUCUGUCUACCGUGACCCACCAUGGGGGAAUAGCAUCGCGCCAGGAAAUUGCGAAGCUCACGCCCAAACUCUUGCAGCUCAUCAAUGAGUUUUCAGAUGACGCCGUGGUCAUGGAACUCGCAACAGUAACGAUGGCACACGCCAUCGGCGCUGUCGUCGGACAAGAGCAGGAACCCGACCACCGGCUGCUCGCGUCUAUCGACAUCCGCAGUGUAUUGAAGCUGACUGUAGACAACCUCCGCAAGCCGUCCGCGUCGCACCUGAUGAUCAACCAUGCAGUAGGACUACUCACCAGCGUCACUCUGCACUGCUACAAGGAGUGCAAAGCCAUGCCGCCCCUCAUUCAGUUCCUCACCGCGUGUUUGCGGAGCAGCGACCUGACGACGCGCUGUAAUGCGCUAGGUGGGCUCACUCGCCUUAAUGGGCUUGAGGCGGAGCCGAACAAGCAAUUCUUUGACCCACGCAAGAUUAUGGAUGCGGUGUCGCGCCGCUUCCCAGACAACCUGACGGAUAUCAUCAUGGACUACGGCAUGGACCGCUGCGACACAACGCUCACGCUGCGGUCCUCGGCGGACUUCCAGCGCGCGCUGAUGAAGUGUGUACAGGACCACGACCUAUAUGCGCUCGGGAAAACGAUCGCCCAGCUCGUCGUGCGGACGGAGUUCUCUAUCACGGGUGGCGCGUACCAAACCAUGAACGAACAGACAGGUCAGUGGGAGAUAGUCAACACGGGCCUGCCGUUCACGAUGUGGGGCGACGCGCUCCCACACUGCGCGCGCGCGCUGCGCCAGAAGGGCACUAAAGAGGAUUUCGACGACGCUGAAAUUUGUGAGUUAAAGCAUCAUGUCCUGCAACAGAACAUACCGGCGGCUAUCAGGGCGGGGCAAGAAGUUCUUCAACGCAAUCCGCAAUUAGCUUAUGCGCACUAUGUGAUCGCGUUAGGCGCGGACAACACCCAGGGUCUGAAGUCAGCCAAGAAGGGCCUGAAGUGCAAGCAGAUUACGCCGUUUGUGCGUCACUACUUGCUCUGGCGCGCAGUAGAACACGCGGGAAACCUGGGCCUAGUUGUUCUGCAGCAGGCUACUGAGGGCGAGAAGGACUACGGGGAGGGAAUAGCUUUCCUUGUCUCUGCGUGUGAAGACGCGAAAACGUUCAUCUCCGAAGCCCCGCCGGACAAUCGCCACAUGGAGACCGUCCUCAACUGGUACAUCAUAUGUUCGAUCGCCAUCCGCGGGCCUGAAUUGAGCAAUGACAUGCGGGAACUUGGCGUAAGUAUCCUAGAGCUACAAGACACUGGACAGGACGCGUUGGAGAAGGUAGCUCUCGCUGACCAGUUUGCCAAUUUUCUCGAGCACCCGCCCAAGAAGACGCAGAUGCGCCUGACACGCCAGCUCAUUGUGCAGUACUACCAGACGGCGGCGAAGAACUGGGGCAGCGUCGUCGAGCGCUUUGACAGGAUGGAUCUGUCUUCCGAGAGCUGUAGCAUCCCCUCGCCGAGCAAGGCAGAGGAUGAUCUCGCGGCGUGGCUCGAUGACCUGCACUUCGAUGACGACGAACACGAGCAUGCGCAGCGGUGCGCCCAUCCGAAGAUUAGUAUAAACUCAGUCUCGCUAUACCGCUGUUCGCACUGCGGGAACCCAAGUGCCGUGCUAAGAAAGUGCGGUGGCUGCGGUACUGCGACCAAGGCUGUCAAAAAUCACAUUGGAGCGAACAUAAACGUGUCUGCAAGCCGAAGACAUCGUGAAGACUCCGUAUGUAUAUUCAACGCAAUCAUUGCACUGUUAACUGCAUCUUGA